AUGUCCUCGCCGCCCACGAUGUCGUCCGACGACGAGGCGCCUCGCAUACCUCCCCGACCCGUCACCCUCUCCGACCAGGCCGACGCCGCCGCCGAGAUCGUCUGCACCCUCGCCGAGCACAAGAUCAAGGUCAUCGCGAGCGGCACGAGUGGAUGCCCCGUCUUCGAGCUCGCGUACGAUCAGCCGCAGAACGUCGACAUCAAGGUGCAUCCCGCCUGGCUCAGGUCGCAAGGGCGGAUCGUGCGCUCGACCGGCGUCAAGGUCCCGGUCUCCUCGCCCCGCACGAUCCUCCUCGACCUCCUUUGCAGCACGGCCGACAGCUUCGAGUGCAACGCCGUCGAGCAGGCCUACUGUGACCUCUCGGCCCUGUACGUCUUCUUGCUGCUCGUCAGCUGCACGACCGUCGACGGCAAGUCGAGCUCGCCGUUCAUCUCGAUGGACUGGACGCACGAGGCGUGGGUCAAGGACUACGCCGAGCAUCUGCGCACCGACGACAAGCUCGCCGACCAGUACGCCGACGCGAGGCGCAUGCUCAAGUAUCUCGACGUCGACGAGCACCUGUCCGAGGCGGGCCUGCGGCGGUGGGCGACUUGGCUCCUCGACAACGUCGAUCGUCAACGCCGAGUUCCUGUCGAGGACACGUCUCGGUCGCGCUCGCCAGGUUCAGAUCCUCGCAUCGUCGCCGAGAGGAUGUCAACCUUCCUCCACCGGGUCAAGGCGAUGGUGCGCCCGCCGAGGUACUCAAGCAGCCCCGAGCGACUCGACACGGCCAUGUCGCCGCCGGCGAGCUCAGCAGCGUCUCGGCGGCACGAGCCCGUCACGCUCCUCGACCAAGCAGAAGCCGCCGUCGACAUCGUCCAGAGCUUCAACGAGCGCAAGCCGUCGAUCAAGGUCACGCCUAACGGGAGCGCAGCCGUCGGCUUGCUCGCUCGACAUUUCCGCAAGGCGCAGCCCGACGCGUUCCAGCUUGCGGGCGCACUCGGAUUCGGGCCUGUCCUCAUGACCUCAAGCUCCUCGUGUCGUCUCGAGAAGAUCGCGAAACUGCAAGAUCUGCCCUCAAGAAACGGCUCAAAGCGACGCUCGAGGUGCGCUUUGACCUCUCUCUCGCCCUCCCUCUCGCCGGACUGA